AUGCCGUCUUCUAAGUCGUCUUUAAUCGCGCUUAUUCUUCCACUGCUAAGUUCACUUCUUAUGGGAUAUUUUUUUACUUGGGGUCUUCAGGGAAUUCUUGUGGUUCAAGUCUAUAAUUAUUAUAUGAGCUUUCCUAACGACCGAUGGCACUGGAAGUUUCUUAUAUACUUCCUCUUCGUCGUGGAGCUCGCGCAAACCAUAUUAGCCACCACAGAUGCGUACACCGUCUACGCAGAAGGCUUUGGUCAAUUUGAAGCCCUGGACAAUCUGCACCUUCUUUGGCUGACGCUUCCUGUCAUGAGCGGUCUUGUUGGUUUUGUCUGUCAUUCCACUUUUGCAUACCGAAUAUACAUUCUUUCCGGGCUGUGGCAAGUGGGCAUGUUUAUUUUUGUGCUUGCUGCCUUUGCCGUCGCUUCGGCUCUCACAUUCUCUGCUAAAUUAUUUAAAGCUGGGACGUUAUCGCAGCUGGUGCAUGUGGAUCAUAUCUAUCUUUUUUGUGGGCUCUGGAAUGGCUCAGCGGCCUUGUGUGAUGUUGCUAUUGCUGGGUGUAUGACGUUUUUUUUACUACGCAGUCCUCGCUUCAAAAAUACACAUUUCCUGAUCACCAAAAUCAUCCGUUUGACGAUAGAGACAGGUAUCUUCACAGGUGCUUCCAUGUCUUUUUUUUUGUCAAGUCGUGUUCUCAAUGUCUUGUUCCGAAAAAAAUACAGCCACCGCAUCCAUCUCCAGCGCCGUCUUGUUUGUUGGAUUUCGCCACGACUUUUCAGUCAACAUCUACUUUGUCAUUCCCGCCAUCUUGCUUGCAAAACUAUACUCAAUAACAAUCGUUGCCACAUUCAAUAA